GAGAACAGGCAGUUGGUUCGCUCCACAGUGUCACUGGCUGUGUGUGAGAGACCCAGAGAGCUGAGGAGAAGGGGGUGUUUGGAUCAGUUACAGCCGCGAAGGAGAGACACUCAGAGGGGAGAGAGGGCUCGAGAGACUGACGACAGAGUGUGAGAGAGAGGGAAGCAGUCUGGAGCUCGAGAGAAAAGCUCAAGAGAAGACCAGAACCAAAGAAAGAAAGCUGUUCAACUUCAAGACCAACAUACACACACACAGAGUGAGAGAGAGAGAGAGAGAGAGAGAGAGAGAGAGAGAGAGAGAGAGAGAGAGAGAGAGGCAGUCGAGGACUUUAUCAGAGUGGAACCGACAACAACCACAAGCCUGGAGAGCCAGUCCUUCUCUGAGCUGCUCUUGUUUUGUUCUGUGUGGAAAUUCCUUUGAGACGUCACUGCUAGCUGAGCUCAGCUGAACAACCACAGCCAAGAAAGACUGUUGUGGUUGCUUGUCAAACUAUAGUGUGUGUGGAGAUAGAGCGAGGAGCAUGUUUGACUGUAUGGAGGCUCUUGCCCCCCGGCCGCUCUUUGACGUAUCCACUCAGGGGGCUUGCAUGUUGGGCAAGGCCACCCCCUUCUUCCCUGGUCUGGACCCCUUUGCCUGGGCUGGGAUGGCCAGUGUUCAGUCAGUGGAGACCCAGAGCACCAGCUCUGAGGAGAUGGUGCCCAGUUCACCCUCUCCACCCCCUCCUCCCCGCAUUUACAAGCCCUGUUUCGUGUGCCAGGACAAGUCCUCUGGCUACCACUACGGGGUCAGCUCCUGUGAGGGUUGCAAGGGAUUCUUCCGACGCAGUAUUCAGAAGAACAUGGUGUAUACCUGCCACCGAGACAAGAACUGUCAGAUCAACAAGGUGACCCGUAACCGCUGUCAGUACUGCCGGCUGCAAAAGUGCUUUGAGGUUGGCAUGUCCAAAGAAGCGGUGCGUAAUGACAGGAACAAGAAGAAGAAGGAUGUGAAGGAGGAGGUGGUGUUGCUGGAGAGCUAUGAGCUCAGUGGAGAACUGGAAGAGCUAGUCAACAAAGUCAGCAAGGCCCACAAAGAUACCUUUCCCUCACUUGUCCAGCUGGGCAAAUACACUACAAACUCCAGUGCAGACCACCGUGUACAGUUGGAUCUGGGGCUGUGGGAUAAGUUCAGUGAACUCUCCACCAAGUGCAUCAUCAAGAUAGUGGAGUUUGCCAAGCGCCUGCCAGGCUUCACCACCCUCACCAUCGCUGACCAGAUCACUCUCCUCAAAUCAGCAUGUCUGGAUAUACUGAUGCUGAGGAUCUGCACUCGCUACACUCCGGAGCAGGACACAAUGACCUUCUCCGACGGGCUGACCCUGAACCGGACCCAGAUGCACAACGCAGGCUUCGGCCCGCUCACAGAGCUGGUGUUUGCCUUUGCUGGCCAGCUGCUGCCUCUGGAGAUGGACGACACAGAAACCGGCCUCCUCAGCGCCAUCUGCUUGAUCUGUGGAGAUCGUAUGGACCUGGAGGAGCCCCAGAAGGUGGACAAGCUACAGGAACCCCUCCUGGAGGCCCUGAAAAUCUACGCCCGCCGCAGACGCCCCAACAAGCCCCACAUGUUCCCCCGCAUGCUGAUGAAGGUCACCGACCUCAGGGGCAUCAGCACCAAGGGUGCUGAGAGAGCCAUCACUCUGAAGAUGGAGAUCCCAGGCCCCAUGCCUCCUCUGAUCAGGGAGAUGCUGGAGAACCCCGAGGCCUUUGAGGACAGCAGCGACUCUGGGGACAGCGCCUCCGCCCCCCCUGCCAUCCAAGCCAUCAAGAAAGAGAGGGAGGAGAAGAGCCUCGAGGAGGAAGAUGAGGAUGAGGAGGACGAGUGGGGGGACGAGGAGAGGGGGGCAGACAGCGAUGGGGAGCCCUGGGUGGAGGCUGCAGCGGCAGAAGCGGUGUCCCAGAAAGGGGCAACUGGGAGAUCCCAGUGAGAGUGACAUAGUUAUGCACUCUGACCCAUUCUGUUCACCUCCUAUUCCACCACCCUCAGACAGACCAACACUCCCUGUCACCAAGUCAUCUCCCCACAUGAGCAGCCCAUCCUAUAAAAAGGGUCUACUCCAAGACCUAGCUGUUACACCUGUUUACUCCAAGACCUCUGCUGUUACACCUGUUAAACUACCCCCCACACCCCUAUACACACACAAUAUAUAUAUAUAUAUGAAUUUCCCCUUUGCUGUAGAUAGACAGUAAAGUAAAGGCUCUAUGUAGUGAACCUACUCUGUCACUCCAGGGUGAAACUGGCCCUGUCUACAGGAACAGUUUCAGGAACUGUCUACAGGAACAGUUUCAGGAACUGUCUACAGGAACAGUUUCAGGAACUGUCUACAGGAACAGUUUCAGGAACUGUCUACAGGAACAGUUUCAGGAACUGUCUACAGGAACAGUUUCAGGAACUGUCUACAGGAACAGUUUCAGGAACUGUCUACAGGAACAGUUUCUUGGGGCGGCAGGUAGCCUAGUGGUUAGAGCGUUCGGCCAGUAACCGAAAGGUUGCUAGAUCGAAUCCCUGAGCUCACAAGGUAAAAAUCUGUCGUUCUGCCCCUGAACAAGGCAGUUACCCCACUGUUCCUAGGCCGCCAUUGUAAAUAAGAAUUUGUUCUUAACUGACUUGCCAAGUUAAAUAAAUAAAAUAAAAACAGGUAGAACAUGUAGUCUGGAAGAGAAGAGAGAGAAAAACAAGCGCUAAAUCUCAGAGUUGGGACAAGUGCCACGAGAGAUCACUGUGCCAACCAUAAGACUGACCAUAUGCUACUUUACAAUGCUGUCUCCACACAAAGAUAAACACAGGGGAUCCUAAUCUGAAUGGCAGCAGCUGGGAUUGGUGGACCAUAUGAAAUGCACUCCCCCACUUUCCUUAAGGGCUACUCGGAGUGCAAGAGCAUUGAGGAAACGACAACUGCAACAACCAAACUCUUAUUGUGAAAACCAUUCACCACAAAUGCCUUUUGAGAAUAGUUUUUUUACAUUUUUUUUUCAUUAAUGUUUUUCUAUUGUAUGAUUUUCCCCCGAAUAACAUUCAUAUUUGAACAUAUAUUCAAGUGUGUUACUAUGCAUUUUUCUCUGUUAUUGUUGUCUCGUUUAUGCUUCAGUCAUGCUCAUGUUUGACGAGCAAUAUCAAACUAGCGAUAGAAAACUCAAUUUACAAACGGGCAACUCUCUUCUUAUCUUUACAUCGUCUGUGCUUGUGACUUCACUCAUUGGGACAGAGCUUAUUGUAGAUCUCUGCUCGAUGAGAAACAAAAACAAGGAUUUGACCAAUGGACUGGCACGUUGCAAGCUAUAGUUGUGAGCUACACAUAUACUAAACACACAAACACACUCCUUUAACGUCUAUAAAGGUGUGCAGCGUCAAUUUUAUACAAUUUAAUGCCAAUGCUUUGACUCAGGGUGAUUCUAGAGAUGGACAAAAACUCACCAGCGUGAAUGUUCAAGACAAUCACAACAAGGAUCUGUGGGGUGGCACCGACGGUUCGCCACUCUCCCCGUUUUCUUCAUCAACAAGACAUUUUCUACAGGGAUCUGAAUGUGAAAGAGAACUAAUGUAGUUUCCCUUUGUUCUCAGUGGAAUGCCAUGCAGUCUACCAGGGGGAUCAGAUAUCUGGGUGGGCAGAAUCCAGUACAUACAGUUGAGGUCGGAAGUUUACAUACACCUUAGCCAAAUACAUUUAAACUCAGUUUUUCACAAUUCCUGACAUUUAAUCCUAGUAAAAAUUCCCAGUCUUAGGUCAGUUAGGAUCAGCACUUUAUUUUAAGAAUGUGAAAUGUCAGAAUAAUAGUAGAGAGAAUGAUUUAUAUCAACUUUUAUUUCUUUCAUCACAUUCCAAGUGGGUCAGAAGUUUACAUGCACUUAAUUAAUUAAAUUGUUUAACUUGGGUCAAACGUUUCAGACGUUCCAGAAGCUUUCCACAAUAAAUUGGGUGAAUUUUGGCCCAUUCCUCCUGACAGAGCUGGUGUAACUGAGUCAGGUUUGUAGGCCUCCUUGCUCGCACAUGCUUUUUCAGUUCUGCCCAUAAAUGUUCUAUACUAUUGACGUCAGGGCUUUGUGAUGGCCACUCCAAUACCUUGACUUUGUUGUCCUUAAGCCAUUUUGCCACAACUUUGGAAGUAUGCUUGGGGUCAUUGUCCAUUUGGAAGACCCAUUUGCAACCAAGCUUUAACUUCCUGACUGAUGUCUUGAGAUGUUGCUUCAAUAUAUCCACAUAAUUUUCCAUCCUCAUGAUGCCAUCUAUUUUGUGAAGUGCACCCAUCCCUCCUGCAGCAAAGCACCCCCACAACAUGAUGCUGCCACCUCCGUGGUUGGGAUGGUGUUCUUUGGCUUGCAAGACGCCCCCUUUUUCCUCUAAACAUGACGUUGGUGAUUAUGGCCAAACAGUUCUAUAUUUGUUUCAUCAGACCAGGGGACAUUUCCCCAAAGAGUAUGAUCUUGGUCCCCAUGUGCAGUUGCAAACUGUAGUCUCGCUUUUUUAUGGAGCUUUUGGAGCAGUGGCUUCUUCAUUGCUGAGCGGCCUUUCAGGUUAUGUCGAUAUAGGACUCGUUUUACUGUGGAUAUAGAUACUUUUGUACCUGUUUCCUCCAGUAUCAUCACAAGGUCCUUUGUUGUUGUUCUGGGAUUCAUUUGCACUUUUCGCAUCAAAGUACGUUCAUCUCUAGGAGACAGAACGCAUCUCCUUCCUGAGCAGUAUGACGGCUGCGUGGUCCCAUGGUGUUUAUACUUGUGUACUAUUGUUUGUACAGAUGAAUGUGGUACCUUCAGGCGUUUGGAAAUUGUUCCCAAGGAUAAACCAGAUUUAUGGAGGUCUACAAUUCUUUUCUGAGGUCUAUUUAUUUUGAUUUUCCGAUGAUGUCAAACAAAGUUUGAAGGUCGGCCUUGAAAUACAUCCACAGAUACACCUACAAUUGACUCAAAUGAUGUCAAUUAGCCUAUCAGAAGCUUCUGAAGCCAUGACAUCAUUUUCAAGAAUUUUUCAUGCUGUUUAAAGGCACAGUCAACUUAGUGUAUGUAAACUUCUGACCCACUGGAAUUGUGACACAGUGAAUUAUAAGUGAAAUUAUCUGUCUGUAAACAAUUGUUGGAAAAAUGACUUGUGUCAUGCACAAAGUAGAUGUCCUGACCGACUUGCCAGAACUAUAGUUUGUUAACAAGACAUUUGUGGAGUGGUUGAAAAACGAGUUUUAAUGACUCCAACCUAACUUCUGACUUCAACUGUAGCUGACAUCUGUGAUUCUGAAACUAGCAGUCUGCUCCCAGCCAUAGCCGCGGGAAGUAGGUAUGCUGAGGGUGCUGCAGCACCCUCUGAAAAAUCAUCACCACUCCUCCACCUCCAAUCAUCUUCCCACAGCUAUGCUCCCAGCCCCAAGCCAUGGCUGAGGUAGUGUGCUGAUAACAGUUCAGCACAUUGAAAGUAAACCAUAAAUGCUAGUGUUAUGAGUCAGAAUACAUGGACUAGAUCACUAACACAGGACCAGUUCAGUCUUAGGUCCAUUCAUUCAAUUCAAAAACUCAUGUAUAGGCCAUAGUUACACAUAUCAUUGAUGUCAAUGAAGUCUCAUCCUCAUACAGUGAUGAUCUCAUAGAUGAAUAAGCAAUAUUGGAAUUAUAUGCAAAGCCAUGAAUCAGGAAAUGAAUGUGUCUGCGGUAUGUAGAUGUAUUUGUGUGUCGGUGUGUGUGUGCACCCACAUGUGUCUCUCUGUGUGUGUUUCUUGCUACUUGUGUAACAUAAUUUAGUGUUUUAUGCUUGUUCUACCAUAGAAUAGAUGAGAUACUAUUUUGGAAAUUGUCUACAUACAUGAACUGGGUGCUAGGACUUUUAGACCCUAGUUCUGUCCAAUAACAUUGACAGAACCGUAUGGUUGAUUUCAUUACUCCAGUCAUUUUUCUUAAUUAUGUUUUUUUUACUUUUAUGCUUUACAGAUUAAUUUGAAAUUUAGAUAAGUUAGUCCUUUUAGAAUGACUGCAUUUAAUUAUCAAAAAGUCCACAAGUGAGAUAUUCCUCCCAGUUCCUCUACAAACAUAUCUUUGCCCCAAUGAUGACUGUGCACAAUCUGACUUUAAUAAAGGAGCAGGGUAUUUAUGCUCAUAAUGUCUCAAACUCCACAUCUACAGUGAAUUCAGAUUCCACACUGUUGGCACUGUGCCGUUGUCUCUUCGCUAUGGCCAACAGACACCGCAGUGUGUGGACUUGUAAAAGUCUGUGGUUGUAAAGCAUUAACAUGGACCUCAGGCUGAGUAAGACUUCCAGGGUAAGGAAUGGAUUUGGAGUUAAUCCCCAGUGUGCAUUGAGACCAUUAGUUAUUCUGAAAGAGUGAUUCACACCUUCAUGUCAGCAGCCACUGCACAGACCUACUCAGUACUCAGCCAGGACUUCUUGGAGUAGGGGGAGAUUUUGCCUAUAUAGUCACACCCUGAUGCAUAAACCUCAACCCUCACUGCAGCACAGUUCACAUAGCCACUCUAGUGAGAAAUCUGAUAGCUUUAAAACAAAAUACAUAUUUAGUGUGUGUAGGCUAUUUAUGUAGGUGUGUGUGUGCGUGUGUGGCCUCAGAAUGCUACAGAGGACCCUGUCACUAGCUAGGUUUCCAUCCAAUUAACAAAAGAUUUCCAUGUGAAUAUUCUAAAAUCCGCAUAAAAACUAUAUGCACAUUUUCCAACCAGAGAUGUGUUUCCAUCAAAUUGACUUGCAAAUAACAGUCUGUGGUCACAUAAAAAUAACUUGUGCAGAUACAUUUCCAUGGACCGAAUCAGAAAUACAAGGUAAAUGGGUUUCCAUCGCAUUUUCAACUCUACUGAUGGCUUUGUAACAAUACAUCACGUGCGCCCUAUCAAAUCAAAUUUUAUUUGUCACAUUUGUCACCUAUACGUGUUUUGCAGAUGUUAUUGCAGGAGGAGCGAAAUGCCAACAGCUCGCAGAUAAAGUGCGGGUAUAGGCUACCGACAUGAUAAAAGCAAUAUUCUUUUUAUUUUUCAAAUCAUCAUGACGAUCAUCAUGUCACCAGAAUAAGACCCUCGAUAUUUAUUGGAAAGGAGCAUCAAACUCAUCAGCGUGCUCUUUCACCACCCUGUGAAGUUCACCAUAAUUUAUUUACUGCAUGCUUUACCAAAUCGUAGUGGGAUGAACACACAAUAUCAUCGCAUGACUCAAAGUUUACUUUGAUAUGAAAGUUAAUAUAUCAAUAUUUGGUCAUGAAGGUGUUUCCACCGCGCUUCCACCUUGUCUAGCAUAUUUUGUUUUGUCAACAUUUGGAAAGUUUACCGACAAAUGUGCUGUUUCUAUCAGGCCUGUUUGACCAUUUUUAUCCGACAUAUACUGAUUUAAGUAUUUGUUCAUUGUUUCCUUGUUUCCUUGUUAUAUAGUCAAUGUUUUGUUUGAAGCUAAACGGAUGUAGCAAAGAACCAUGGUGUUUGUGCAUUUAGCAAGCACGAUCAAUAUAUAUGAAGAAUAUAGGGCAUAUAUUUUGGACAAAAUGUUUUCAAGACAGCUGAAAUACAAUAGUGAUUGUUUGCUGGCAAUGAUAACCGAAAAUAGAUUGACCAAAGAAAAAUAAUUACACCAGUGUUAUCAUUCAGGAAGAAUUUCAAUUAGGCCAAUUAUUUGAAAUGUGUGUGCUAUUGUAUUUUUGUUCCUUUUUACAGCUUGUAGUAUUAUCGAUAAGCUCUAGCUUUUUAAUGCUUGAGGAUUGUUGGGGAUUUUAUGAGUAAAAUAAUUGCUUUUGAGAAUAUACUAUACUUGUCUUCAUUUUCUUAUUUUUCUUAUUUGUUGGUGUUCAUAACUAUAAUAUAACUUUAAUUUUUCAAUUUAAUUUGUAAAAACAUUAUGACUUUUUUGUACUCUAAAUUCAGGGAUUUCAAAAUCUGUCUGUGAUUUGUAUUUCUGUUUGUGUAAAAACAUGAAAUCCCCAGUUUGUGUUUGUAUGCUCUUGUGAGAUAAAAUAUACUGGUAGUUUGUUUUUCUGUUGUUCCAUAUCGGCUGUCCCUUAUCAAAGUUUCUCAAAACAACGCUUUGUUUCGCCUGUCUUUUUUGUUCCUUAAAAAACAUUUUUUUGUCAUUAAGGCAGUUGUCAUUUCUUGUACGUUUGGAUGCUGUUGUUAAUAUUUUGAUUUUAUAAAGAAACUUAUCUUUUA